AUGACGGGUCAUGUAAAUUCAUUAAUUCAUGACGAGAACUGCUUUGCAGCUUUGCCUCGAACAGAACGUGGACGAAGUGUUCAGAUUGGUGGCGAUCCUAAGGGCAAAAAUUUCUUAUAUUGUAUUGGAAACCAUGUUAUAAUCAGAAAUAUCGAGAACUUAGCUGAAAGUGAUGUUUAUGCUCAACAUGCUCUGCAAACAACAGUUGCACGCUAUGCUCCGAGUGGGUUCUAUAUUGCAUCUGCUGACACUGGAGGAAAAAUUCGAAUUUGGGACACUACACAGCGUGAACAUUUGUUAAAGUAUGAGUAUCAACCCCACGGAGCGAUUUAUGAUCUUUGUUGGUCACCAGACAGUAAGAGGAUCAUUACCGCUGGUGAUGGUAGAGAGAAGUUCGCGAGCGCCUUCUUAUGGGACAGCGGAAGUAGCGUCGGUACUAUCACUGGUCAUCAUAAGCCAAUAACUUGUGUUGACUUCAAACCAUCACGACCAUACAAGGUUGCUACUGGAGGAGAAGACAUGCAGAUCGCGUUUCAUUCUGGACCACCUUUUAAAUUCGAUCAAAAGAUCAAUAGCCAUUCUAAGUUUAUUAAUACCAUUAAAUUUUCUCCUAAUGGAGAAAAAUUCGUAUCUGGUGGAGCAGAUGGAAGAGCAUUUUUGUAUAACGGUAAGACUGCAGAAAAAGAAGGAGAACUUGGCAAUCCCGCUCAUAGUGGUGGAAUCUAUGGGUCUGCCUGGAAAGCAGACUCAGCCCAACUUAUUACUUGUUCCGCGGAUAAAUCUGUCAAAUUAUGGGAUGCUAAUACGCUUGAGCUGAUGGGUACAAUUAACGUAGGCAGUAAGUUACUCGAUCAACAAUUGGGAUGCUUGUGGCAAGGGGAUCAUAUUCUAUCAGUAUCACUUUCCGGCUACAUAAACUAUUUAGACUUUAGUAAUUCAGCUUUGACGAAAGUUAUUAAGGGACAUCAAAAGGCUAUUACUGCUAUAACCUUAUCGGCUGACAAGAAAAAGAUAUACACUGUAGACUAUACCGGAUUAACAAAUAUCUUUUCGAUCGUCUAA